CAAAGGUUAAUGAAGCCCAUGGAAGACCCAAACUUCAAGAAAUUUGUGAAUAUCUUCAAGCAACUUCAUAUCAACAUACCGUUGGCGGAGGCACUUGAACAGAUGCCUACAUAUGCUAAAUUCUUAAGGGAGUUGCUGACGAAGAAGCGCAAAUGGGCUGAUCUGGAGAAGGUAACCCUUACUUCUGAAUGUAGUGUUGUGAUUCAGAAUAAAUUACCAGAAAAGAGGGAUGAUCCGGGCAGCUUCAUCAUUCCAUGUGUCAUUGGAGAUACAGAAUUCAAUAAAUCACUUUGUGAUCUUGGAGCGGGAAUUAAUUUGAUGCCAUACUCAGUCUACAAGAAAUUGGGAUUGGGAGAUGUUCUUAAGCCUACUCGGAUCACACUCCAAUUGACUGAUCGAUCAGUAAAAAUCCCAAAGGGAGUGGUGGAGAAUGUAUUGGUGAAGGUGGGGAAGUUUAUUCUCCCUACAGAUUUUGUGAUUCUGGAGAUGGAAGAAGAUCAGGGAGUGCCUCUAAUUCUCGGCAGACCUUUUCUAGCAACUGGUGAUGCACUCAUCGAUGUUGGAAGAGGCAAGUUGACAUUCCGAGUAGGUAAGGAGGAAGAAAUUUUUAAUGUCUUUCAAGUUGAUCAUAAUCACGAUGCAAUUGAUGACCUUGAAAGUGGAGCUCGAGAAAGGAAAAAUUCCUCUUCUUGUGAUAGUGGAUCGGCUGAAGUAUCACAUGCCCUAGCAACUCAAAGUCUGAAAUCAAAGCAAGGGCAGAAAUCCUUGCCAGAUCACCUCAAGUAUAGAUAUUUGGGUAAGGAUUUCAAUCUUCCUGUCAUUAUUCCUUCUUCACUAACAUUGAAACAGGAAGAGUACUUGCUUGAGGCACUGCAAUACCACCUACGCCUCACUAAAGGGUCUAACAUGCCAGCUAAGAAGGUCAUACCCAAUUUUCGCACACCUGGCCCUGCAGAGGUGACUCAUAUGCUGGAUGGAGGUUAUGUGUUCUAUCAUUGCUCGGGAGGGUAUUCUGGAUACCUUUCCAUACCCAUUGGUUGAAAGCUCCAUGAACGUCAGGCUGAGGACGUUAAACAAGCGCUUCUUGGGAGGCAACCCAAGGUAAGUUUUCUUUUCUUUAUUUUUCUUUUUAGUUGUGUCAAACCCGUGCAUGUUUAGAUUAGGAGUUGAACAUUAGGGACAAUGUUCCAUCCUGAGUGUGGGGUGGCGAGUCUUAGUGUUUGUUUGUCCCUUUUGUCAUGUGGUCGGUAAAAAAAAACAAAAAAAAAAUUUUUUGCCAUUAGGUUGAGCACAGCCAAACUGCAUGCAGUUUGCCUGUGUAAAAAGCAUGAUGCCUGUGCAAAGUUAAUGGCUAAAAAACACCUAAAAAUGAAAAAAAAAAUGAAAAACAAAACCUUGUACUCUUGUGGUAACAUGAUGUAAAUGACUGUGAUGCGUGUGAAAUGAGUUUGUGCUUGAAUGAAAUCAUCGAAAUCACUCCACUAGUGUUGAAUUGCAAAGUUCUUCACAAUGAGCUUGAAUGUUUUGACUGACUUGAUAUGCUUUGAAUGAGCAAACUCUUUUAGCAACAUUCUCUUUUGUGAGGAUAGUGUAAUGACUUUUGGUGAAGCAGUUAGGUGGAGAACAUUGACCAUUCGACAUGUUUGGAUACCGUGCUUACUUGCAUCAAUUGUGAGCUUUUGAUUUUGCAAUGAGUCUCUCUGUUUUGAAUGUUUUAUGAUGGGGUGAACUGUAUCUUUAUAAAUGAGAAAACACUACCUGACAAGUAAAAUAUAAGAAAGUUGCCAUAACAAUUAAAAUGUGGGUAAAAUACCAAAAUCGUGUGAGGCAAUCACUCAUUGCACAUGGAGAUGAGGAAAGAUUCAAUUGAGAAUCGGUUCGCGACCGUACGAUGUUGCUUAUCAAGUACGAUCCCCAAUUGUGUGAAGUGCCAUUUGAGGAUGCAAUGACCUUCCACACGGACCGAGGAAAAGGAGUUAAAAGAAGCCCUUAUGCGAGUGCUAAGAAGCAGAAAUUGCUCUUGCUCGGUCACCGGUAGUAAGAAACAAAUCCCACUUGUACUUAAUACGACCUCUCGGCAAGCAAAAGCAGAAAGAGAGAAAAGAAAGAGAGAAAGCCUCUCCUUGUCAUAAAAGGUAGUGAUGUGCUUAAAGUUAAAAUCAUGUUUGCGAAAGGCUUCCCCCAUUAGUUUUUGAGACUCAUGCUUAAUUAAUUGCUUAUGAUUGGUGUGAGUAAGCCAGACUGUCCUCACGAGAUAUGCACCUCACUGAUGUGGUUAGAUUCUCCUAAUAAUUGCUGCACCAUAAGUUGUUAAUCAUCCGCUACCAACGAUCGAAAUUGAGUGCUGCUAUUUGAGUUUUUGGUGGAUUUGAGUCAGUCAAUGGUAAUGGUUGCAAAGAACUUGAGUGUGGGGUGAAAGGUAUGAUCAUUAAAGCACAACUUGUUCUUGAGAAAGAAACUACUGAUUACAAUAAGAGUACAAGGAAAAUUUUUGUUUUGUUUUGAGUGUUUGAUUAGUGAGUCUGUGGUGUGUCAUUGUUAUGGUUGGUUAUGUGUUUGUGUCAUUUGAGUCGUUGCUUAGGGACAAGCAACAAUUGAGUGUGGGGUCAUGAUAAUCGGCUUUAAUAUAUCUGAUUCUUGGACUUUAUGUGAUUAUCCCAUUGAAUGUUUAAGCCGAUUGGUGCUAUUUUAGGGCUCGCUAACCCGAGAAUGGUUGAAAAAUCAUUACUGCCGAGUACCAUGAGUUUGAGGUAUUACUGGUGGAGAAAGCACAAAAAAGGAGCGAGUGCACAAGCAAUAAAUCGGGCUCGAAUUACUGGAGGACUAUUCACUUGGGCUCAAGGUCCAAAGAAAUGGGUUAGAAGAAUCUAUGGGUCGAGGCUCAUUUUCUUCUUUGUCUCCUGUUGCUGGGCAGUAAAUUGAAAACAUGGAUGGGCAAAAGAUUUGGGCGGCCAUUUUGGGCCCAGGGAGAAGGCUGGGCGGAAGGCUUGAGGGGAAUUAAUUUUUGACGUGGAGACGGAAUAGAAAAGAAGGCAGGAGAAGGCUUGGGGGAGAAAGCAAUUCUCGGGUGGGCAAUUAAUUUUGGAACAGGGAACUUUAUUCUUGGGCCAGGAGAGUUUUGGGGGGUCAUUAUUUUGAAAAGGGGACACGAGAGGCAACUUGGGUUUUUGGGUUUUUUUGGCGGACGGAAUCUCUUUGAAUAAAAAAGAAAGAAAGGCUGCGUAGUGAAAAAAUUCUGGACGAGGGGGAUUCCUUUGGGCGAGAAUUCUGAGAAAAGAAUAGUCGGAGGCGGCAGAAUUUUGGGACGAAAGAAAAGAAAGCAGCACAGCGCAGCGCAGCUUUGGCGAGCAGGCGAUUGGCAAUUGGCGAUAAGUUUUCCAAGGCUUGAGCUGAGUUCAACGAGAGCGAUUAGUUGGUUGGAUUUUCUAAACCGAAUUAGUUGUUUCUUGUUGAUUUAGAACAUGAUGAACAAACCCCUAUCGUUUUAUCUUAAUUUCGUCAUGAACUAAACCCCAAUUUCUGGGGGAAACACCAUAGGAUGUAGCUAUUUCUAGAUUUGAUGGAUUGAUUCAUAUCUCUUUUCUUCCAAUCUCUAUUACAUGGAAUUGCUUAAUGCUUUGUGUUGACUGGCCACCAAUACAUCGAUUUGUAGUUAAUUAGGUUAUUAGCGACAGUGAAAUCCUAUUAACCGAACCUAUUUCAUGUGACAUAGUAACUUAUGGAAGCGAUAGUGGAUUAAAUAAGGUACUAUGCGGUCUUAAAUAGGAUAUCGAUCUUCAGGCUAGAUAAUUAAAUCAUUUAGCUACGACAGUAGGAUUUGAUUUAAUUGUUUAGUACGUAGUAAUUCCUGACAGGGAUAGCUAGCACAUUCGUGAUAUCCUGGCUGUAGAGAGUUGGAUUAAAUUGAUUGGAAUAUGUGAAUUAAUCUGGAUAGGAUAGGUAGUGAAUCCCGGUGUUUCUCCCAGGGCUUUCUCCAUUGAAUUUCUCCCGACCAUUUUACUUUGCUUAAUUAGUUUAUUUUGCUUUUAGAUAAUUAGUCUGAUUAAACCAUUUUCACUUAUAGUUUGCCCUAUAAAUUGAUAGAAUAAAAGGUUGUACCAGUCCCUGAGAGACGAUACCCGGACUUUCCGGUUUUACUACGAGAUAGGAAAUUGGCAUAUAGGCUUUUGCCCUAUAACAAACCUUAUCGGUUGCCUACGUACCCGUAACACGGGAUCAAAGUCCACGUAGUUCGUUUGGUAAUUUUGGUGUUUUAGUUAUAACCACGCUCCACUGAUUGUGAUUAUCAAAUAAAUGUUUUUUAUUAGAGAAAUAUAUAAAGCGAAUAAUAUGCUUAAUUUUGAAACAUAAAAAAGGGUUUUGCGUAUUUGAGAAUAUGGGAUCGACUUAACUUAUAGCUUAUUUCGUAUUCAAAAUUUCAUAUCAAGGAAAAAUAAAAUAAAGAUAUAAUCACGGAUAAAUCGUUUCUACGAAUGAUGGUCGGCUAGCCCACUGGCUAAACCGUCAUUUGUAGGUUGUGUUCGUAAUUGAGGACACGUUUUCGAAACUCCCUCCAAAAGUUUUUAUAAUUUUAGGGCAGAGUAAGGUGGGGUAAUUUUGUAAUAACGCAAAAACACGGUUGCAGGGAUGAUAGAUAUAGUGAAACCCUAAGGGCAUUUUUGUUUUGAUAAUUGAUGAAGUAUAUAAACGUCUUCUUAAGACGAAAUGAAACCCUAGUGGCAUUAUACCCUAGCGGCGACCGCCUCUCCUCUUUCCUCUCUCGUACAAACGCUCUCCCCUCUCUCUCUCGUUCCAUCUACACACAAAGAGAAAGAAAACGAAAACGUCUUCUUUCCUUUCAACAAUAACUGAACCCAUACCCUCUCUUCAAAGUUCGUUGUUCCCUUCUUCUCCUUUCCUUCUCUCGGCUAGCAUAGGAGACCGCUAUAUUCAAGCUAAAUCAACCGGGAGGAUUUUGAUCUAGGUUGGAUCGAGACAUGCAUGGUCUUUUCGAUUCAUUUUAAGUGAUCUUGAGGAGUUUUGGUUUCUGAUAUUUUGUUUGUUUUUUUUCUGUGGGUUUUGCUUUCGGACGAGGAGGAGCAGGGAAAGGAAGGAUCCGCUGGCGAUGGAAGGUUGCUUCGUUGAUGAUGGCUAGAUCUAGGUAAGGUUUUGCUUUAUGGGUAGGGUUUUCUUUUGAUGUUCAAGUCUAGAAAUGUGAUUUAGUUUUUUUUUGGUUUGGUUUUGUGUGAGGAGAGAAGGAGCAGCGGACGGUAGGAUCUCUUCUGGCAAAGGUGCUUCGGCAAUGCUUUGGAGAGGACGGUAACCUUACAACUAAGGUAAGUGACGAUUGAGAGCUUGCAUGUUUUCCUAGGUUUGAUUUUGCUCUUAUUUAUUUAUGUUACGAUUCUGAUUUAGGGUUUCAUUUUGGUUUCUGGUUUUUCGUUUUCGGUGGCAAGGACGAGCAAACGACAGAAGAUGGAGAAGAUCUACGGCGGAAGCAGGUGGGAUUUGUUUCGUCAAUGUUUAAUUUUUCUGUUGGAUUAUUUAUCUUUUCAAUUGAUUGGGACCUCUACUUUUGUUUUGACGCAAUUUUGGAAAUGGACAGACCUGGGUAAGGUUCCUAAACCCAGCUUAGUAUGGUUUGGGAGAUCGAACCAAGUAAAAGAAAAGAAAUAUGAUUCAUGGAUUUUAGAACAGCUGGCAGAUCUGGGUUUUGAAUAAAAUUGGUUAUGUAUGAGUUUGAAUGUUUUUUAAAUGGUGGACUUUUAUGAACUUGGCUUAGUAUUUUUAGGGAGAUUGAAAUAAUUAAAAGAUGAUAUUGUUGUAGGUUUUUAGUUUGUUUAUAGAUCUGAGUUGAUGGAAAAUUGGUUUUGCUGACUUUGACUUGCUAAUCUGCGAUUGUCAUUAUCUGCGAAUCUGGGUGUUUUACAUGAAGAUUGUUUGUAAUGAACCUGGAAUGAUUUACGGAUAUGAGUUUUGGUAAAAAAAAAUCAUAAAGAAAACACAAUUAGUUUUUUGUUCAAAUAGGCUAGCUCACUAAUUAUCACAACCACUGCUUGUGAUUUAAUUAGAUUGGGAUUCUUGAUUGAUUGAUAAAUUGGUAAGGGUUGGUGAAUCAGAAAUUCUAGUAUGGUAUGGUGAACUUUGUUGGAUCUGGAUCUACAAAGGAUUCCUCUAGAAAGAUUUUAACCUAUUUCUGCUAUACUUUUCUGAUUUAGGAUGGUUAUGUUUGGAUUCGAUUUUGGGGUUUGUAAUUCUGAAACCUUGUUUUGGUAAGCUCUCUAUAUAUAGAUCUAUAGUUGAACAUCGGUGGAAUUCUUAAAAACUGAAAACAAGUAAACUAAAAAAACCUAUUAACUAAUAUAGCAAGUAUAUCGACAAUAUAGCACAAAGUGAAAUUUCAUUGAGUAAAUAGUAGAUUUACAAGGCCAACCUGAUAGGGUUCUCGGCUGAGAAUGCCCUCUUUCUGCUUCUAUCUUACAGACCUCCGGACUGAACCUUUUGUCUAAAUGAAGUGAAAAGAUGGUGUUUCUCCAAAUUGAGAAUUUAUAUUUCUGUUGCGUUUCUUCCAACAACAAAAAAAAAGACCCCCUCUUAACAAAGAGAUCAAAGAGCUAAUUUAUAGCAAAAGUACCUGCCAUGUGUCACACUAUCAUUUGUCGUUGCUGAGGCUAAAAUUGUCGUGGUUCUUUCUGAUUGGUCAAAUUUUGAGGCUGUGUCUUGAGCCUCCACCUACAAAGUCAGUUUUGACUGGUCAGGCUGAGUGUGGGCUGAGCAGAGUUUGGAUAAGGUUGGGACGACUCUGCUAGUAGGCUUGUGGGCCGAUUUGGAAAUCGCCUGGGCUUGAAACGGGCCGAGUUUGGAUGAUGAUAGGCUAAAUUGGUCUUGCGAACUUGGGAGCCAAUCUUGAAUUCGCCUGGGCUCUAAAUGGGCCGAAUCUGGGCUUGACAUGUCUUGAACUUGGACUGAUUGUCUGAUUUUCUUCUUUGUUUUGCAGGCUACUGGUGUGGACCUCAAAGUGAUGGGUUUUCUUGAUUUUUCAGAUUGUAGAUAGGAAAUUUGAACCAUUGUAUUAUGUGUUGUAAUCAUACACGUGUUCAAAUUUUCUAAUGGUAUCAUGUACCUGUAAGGAACUCCGAAUUUGUUAAAGACGAAUCGUCUAAUGCAAUUUGAUCGUUAUAAUUCUUGAAUCGACAACCAAUAACCGGAAAAAAUGUGGUGUCUACAAGAUGAUCGAGAUGCAAUAAAGCUAUCUGAACCCCAAACACAUCCUCGAUGGGCACUCCGAGCUAAGGGAACAAUCCUUUGACGGUUGAUCUCAAUUCUUUGCCCGGUUGCCACUCGCGUGAGAACCCCUUUUCUAUUUUUAAGCACAAAUUGAAAAAGUUUCUAAUUCAAAUAAUAGGAGAGAAUCCCGCACACAUUGCCUUCCUAAGAUAGCAAAUACUAUCAAGUUACACUAGAGGAGGAAAGUAGUAAAAUCCCUCACGUACCGAUACUCAAACCAUGCAAUUAUCACCUAAGAUGCACAACACAUCGAUCAAUCUAGUCAAAUCAAAGCACAUCGAGUAGGUAAUUGCAAGGACAAGGUGUUUUGGAACCCUCAAAUUUGAAAAAAAAAAUUGGGUGUGCAUUCAAGGUUCCGAAAACACUAAUACUUCACCAUUAAUCACCACAACAAAGGCAUGAUCACUAGCAUACACUCCCAUAAAGCAUUCAUCAAUGUCUUACAUUCACGAACAAGAGAGGAUUCUAGCAAUAAACGGUUGCACCAAUCAAGAUAAAAAUUCAAACAUGCCCAAACAUCCCCAUCCCACACUUGAGCAACACAUUGUCCUCGAUGUGGGAGUUCGCCAAGAAAAUAUCAUGAAUGUUACCAUAGGUCGGGUUGUGGGUUGGUGAAGGUUCACAAGUGAAGUCUUUAUCUUCCUAGUGGUUUUCACAAUGAUAAAGCGCAUAAGAUAGAGAGGGAGACGAAUAGGAUUUUCAGGUAUGAUAAUUGUAUAUAAUAAGUACUACUACUAGCGAUAGAAUAUUUAAGGUACGAAAGGUAAAAUAAAAAUAAAGUGAUAAUUAAACAUUGUUUAAAUAUAAAUAAAGAAAAGCAAAGAAAAAGAAAAGAUAGAACUUUGGCCCUGGAUGCCUAAAAAUCAUCCAUCCUUAGAGUUUCCUUCUUCUUCAUCGUGGCAAAAUGCGGAAGGGGAGGAGCGGUUGAAUGUGGCCGGUACAUCUUCGAUCAGAAUGUUCAUCUUCGCCAUGACCGCGUGGAUGCACGCUAUAAUGUGAAGUCGUGCUUCCUUAUCCCUUGUUGGUUGUGAAGGAUGGUAUCUAUCAUAGCCUCAAUUCUAUAAUCUCUUGCAUUGUUGCUCGGUGGGUGAACUGGUUAAAAAGUGGGAAUAGACAUCUCUCAUCCUUCAUGCAAGCUCUCCUCUUGGUCUUCCUCGGUUGUCAAUCCUCUUCGGUCCCUUGCUCUCCUAGCUUCCGGAAGACAUAAUACGGUUCCUCCCACGCCCAAUGUAUUGGUGGCUGGGAAUGGAAAUCCCCGCACACCCAAAAUGCCAUCAUUGCUCAUGUGUAGCACAUUAAGUUUUGACUUGAAGACAUCAAUGAAUAUGGGAAUGGUCCUUCGAUCCCAUCGAAAUUGCACAGCUCCAAAGUCAACUUGGAAAUAUUAAGAAAGUCAGGUGAUGUACACUCCUCCGUGGUGUACGGCAAGUCGGCGAUCUGUCCCGUAACGCUUGAAAAUAGAUAACAUUGGUACGAUGAGAUGGAGAGAUUGAGAGAGGCGCAUGCUAUGAAAUAGGGUGAUGUCUCGCGCGGUGAGAUUUGCCUUGUUCCGAUACUUUCUUCCCAUGGACCUAGCAAUCACGUGGUGGAUGAGUCGCCACUCUAGUUGCACCUCACUGGCUUUUGAUAGUCUCACAUCCCAUUGUCGACUCUCGGGUUUUUUGACUUCAGACUCAUAGAAGGCCUUGAAACAAGGGAAGUCGGAUUCCCUUGUCAAGGUGGCGAAAUCAUUAGGUGAAUCAAUGAAGCCCACCGGGUAGAUGUCCAUUUUCUUUAUUAUAUAUAUUAUCAUGAAACGUCAGCCUACUCUGUCCUCUUAUCAACUUUCUUUCUUUUCUCCCUUUCUUCAUUGUCUCCAAAUUACGACCCUUCACCUGCUCCUCUAUUCUCAAAUAAAACGAAGCCUUCAUCUCUUCAUUCCUCUCUCAAAAAGAUUGUCGCUAGAUGCCUCCUCUGGCGAUGACCAGCGACACUGGUAGAGAGAUUGAGAGUGCAACAAUUGGCGAGAUUCGGCGACGAUGCCAGAGAGAUUGAGAGGCAAGGGGCAGAGAGAUCGAGAGGAGAUGAACAAAGAGAUCGAGAGGCAAGGGGCAGAGAGAUCGAGAGACGAUGGGCGGAGAGAUCGAUAGGCGAUGGACGGAAAGAUCAACAAGCGACGAUGUGACUAUUGGCUAGAAAACCCUAGCUGCUUGCAGACCCCUUCUCCUACCGUUUCUCACUGAAAAAUUGAAACCCAGAUCUAGUCUUCCUCUCCGUAUCGGCUAUAACGGUCGAUCUGUUUCUCUUCUAUUUGUUCCAAUUCUAUGUCUCUCCUCUCAAUCUGCUCAUGAUUCUCUAUCUCUUCUAGAAUAGCAAUGACACGGCGAGAUAGAUGCAAGAGGGGAAAGUGGCGAGAUUGAUUUAAGAUUUUCUUAUUCUUUUCUAUUUUGUUUACUGAUUCUGUCUUUUUUUUGCAGGUUUUGGAUUGAAGAAGCCUUGGGUACUAUUCUUCAAACUGAUGAUUAGGAUUAGGGUUUUAAAUGGCCAAUUUGGAGUUUGGUAGUGGAUCUAAAACUGGGGAUUGGUAGUUUUGUAAAUCUUGACCGAAUACAAUAUCUUGGUUUUGAAGAGGUGACAUUUAGAUCUGGAUCAAAAAAUAAAUUGUGAAUAUCUUAAAAAGUCUUCAAUAAAAUUAAAUUGUGAAC